AUGGAUUCCAAUAAUUGGACACCUAAUCAAGGUUCUGCAGAUUGGAGAACUCAACUGGAUCCUGAAUCCCGUCAAAGAAUUGUCCACAAAAUAAUGGACACAUUAAAAAAACGUCUUCCCGUUUCUGGGACUGAGGGAUUACACGAACUUCGGAAGAUUGCUCAAAGGUUCGAAGAUAAGAUUUAUACUUCUGCCACAAGCAAGUCUGAUUAUCUCCGCAAGAUUUCUAUAAAAAUGCUUACAUUGGAGACCAAAUCUCAAAGCACCAUUGCCUGCAAUAUGACAUCAAAUGAAGGAGGUCCUAGCAAUAAUCCGCCCGAUCAAGGACUUGUUUUACAGUCUCAAGUUCUCAAUCUAGGACAACAACAUUCUAAUCCUCAUCAGCAGCUUCUACCUCAAACCAUUCAAAAUCAUGUUGCACCUCAACCUAACCUGCCAUCGGUAUCGACCCUAUCCCAAACUCCCAGCCAGAAUAUUAGCCUAUGUUCCAACAUACAACAAACCGGGCAAAGUUCUGCGAGUAAUUCUAUUGGCCAGAAUUUCAAUAUACAGGGUAUGUUUCCUGGUUAUCAGAGACAGAUACCAGGGAGGCAGCAAGUUCUUCCCCCGCAGCAACAACAACAGAACCUUUUGCAACCAAAUCAGUUGAAUACUUCUCAACAACCACUUAUGCAAACAUCAUCUGCACCAAAUCAGUUGAAUACCUCUCAAAAACCACUUAUGCAAACAUCAUCUGCUAUGCAGCCUUCAACGAUGCAAUCGUUUCUGUCUAGCCUUCAACAAAAUCAGCAGUCUAACAAUGUUCAACAGUCAACGCAGUCUAGGCAUCAGCAACAUUCCCAAAUUAUUAGGCAGCAACAGCAACAGCUACAGAAUUCUAUUGCUCAACAGCAACAAACAGCAAUGUUGCAACAACUGUUGAUAAAUCAGCAAAAUAAUCUAACAAAUAUACAUCAACUGUCAGGAAAUAAUGUAUCGGGGUUACAGCAACAGAAGUUUGGAACUGAUUCUGGCAACCAAGGCAUCCAAACAAACCAUCAUUCUGCACACAUGUUGCAACAACCAAAGUUUUCAAUGCAGCCACAACUGCAACACAAUGCAUCAAAGUUGUUGCCAUCUCAGUCGCAGCAGUCCCAGCCACAGGCUUCACUGCAGCAAUUAAUGUCUCAAAUUCACAGUCAGCUUGCACAGAUGCAACAGCAAAUGGGUUUGCAACAGCAGCCAAGUUCUUCGCAACGAGAUAUGCAGCAAAAACUCCAAGCAUCAGGGGCCUUUCAUCAACAGCAAAGUGUCCUUGAUCAGCAAAAACAAUUAUAUCAAUCCCAAAGAGCUCUUCCUGAAACAUCCACAACCUCUGUAGAUUCUACAACACAGACUGAACAACUAAGUGAGGGUGAUUGGCAAGAAGAAUUAUACCAAAAGUUGCAAACCAUGAAAGAAGACUACUUGCCAGAUCUGAAUGAAAUAUUCCAGGAAAUUGUUAUGAGACUUCAGCAGUACGACUCUACUCCUCAACAGCCAAAGUCAGAUCAUAUUGAAAAGCUGAGGGUAUAUAGACUGAUAUUGGAACGCGUAAUACUAUUUCUACAGCUUCCUAAGAACAGCAUUAGGCUUAGUUUCAAGGAAAAAUUGGGAGCAUGUGAAAAGCACAUUGUAAAUCUCAUAAAUUCGUUUAGGCCGAGGAAAGGCAUCUCGUCCUUGCAACCAGGACAGCUUCUCCCAACUCAUACGUCUUUCAUGCCACAGUCACAAUCUCAAGUUACUUCAGUACAGUCUCAUGAAAAUCUAAUGAUCUCUCAAAUGCAGCCAUCAAACUUACAAGGUUCUGCUGCGAGCUUGCAGCACAAUUCUAUGUUUGGUUUAUCAACAACGCAACAAAAUAUGUUGAAUACAAUUCAACCAAGUAAUAAUGUAGAUGCUGGGCAAGGAAAUUCUAUGAACUCUUUGCAAAAGAUUCCCUUGAUCUCCCUUCAACAAAACAGUGUCAUAAGGACUCAUGGGACAUCAACCUCUCUUUUAUUGGCAGAAUUCAGUGGUCUAGAUGAUGCCUAUUUUAAUGCUUUCACAACUACUUUUGGAAAAGAUUUCGGGAAAGAAUUUGGUAAAGAACUUUUGAAAGAGACAAGAUCAAAAAAGAUAGAGAAGUUGAAGAAGGAGGUUGAGAGUGUCACGAUGAAGAUGAUGUUACUCAUCCUAGUUCUUAUUUGUUUUUGGUUUUCUUUUGUUCUGUUUUAUAAGUCUUUGUAA